AGAAAAGGAUUACUUCCGCCCGCCUGCCUCGUUGAACGCAGAUUGUACGAAGCGUUUUGCCUGGAAAGAAAAACACUUCGGUCGCAAAGACCUACUCAAACCUGGGAUAUUUUAAUUAAAGUUCUUCAUUUUUUUUAUCUUUUAAAAUCAAAGUGAAGGCAACUUUUUCUCGGGAGUAACCGCCCAAGAAACCCAAGGCGUCUUGACUGGACUUCCCAAACACAAUACACAUCUCGAUACUAUCAGAUUGUGUUACGACUGAGAGAACUCUUGGAGGAACUCGCUCUUCUUGUUGCUCAGAUUUGCCAAUGACAUAACCAAGGGAUUGCAGACUCUUCCUGGGGUCGAGUCGCCCAACACCAACACUGCUGGAUCAUUGUGGUAACGUUGUGAAGUUGAAAGGAAGCUGAUUUGCUGGUCAUCAUGCCAGCCCUCUCCACCAGAACUGGCAGUGAGAUAGGUCUGUAUGAGCUUUUGUCUGUAUUGCCGUCUCAGCUGCAGCCUCAUGUGGAGAGCGCAGAUGACCGCUCUUUUCUACACGCUAUGUUCGGGGAGAGGAGUCUACAUUCAUUGGUCAAGAUCCAUGAGAAGUUACAGUGUUAUGAAGACCGUGCACCGACUCCAGUACUGGACAGCGCCGGCUCACUGGCUCAAAACUUGACAGAGGAGCUUCAGGGAAGAAGUGCAAGUAAUGAGAUCAGAGAGCUUGUCAAGCUACUGUCCAAACCACAUGUAAAGAGUUUGUUGUCUGUUCAUGAUACUGUGGCCAGGAAGAGUUACGAUCCAGAACUUCCUCCUUUGCCAGAUGACAUUGAUGAUGAAGAAGACUCUGUCAAGAUCAUUCGACUGGUCAAAAAUAAAGAGCCUUUGGGUGCCACCAUAAAGAAGGAUGAACGCAGUGGAGCGAUCAUAGUGGCGCGCAUCAUGAGGGGCGGGGCAGCAGACAGAAGUGGGCUGAUACAUGUCGGAGACGAGCUGAAAGAGGUCAACGGUAUCCCUGUAGAUGACAAAAAACCAGAGGAAGUAAUCCGCAUCCUGUCCCAGUCGGAAGGUGCCAUCACAUUUAAAGUGGUCCCAGGCAUUAAAGAGGAGGCACAAAAUAAAGAGCCCAAGAUGUUUGUAAAGGCGCUUUUUGACUACAAUCCAGCUGACGAUAAGGCGAUCCCUUGCAAGGAGGCAGGCUUGGCAUUCAAGAAGGGAGAUAUCUUGCAGGUUAUGAGCCAGGAUGAUGCCACCUGGUGGCAGGCCAAACUCGAGGGCGAUGGCAACCCGCGAGCUGGACUCAUCCCUUCCAAACACUUUCAGGAGAGGAGGUUUGCAGUCUGGAAACCCAUAACCGUCACGACUCUUCAGAGGACCCCCAGCAAAAGAUUUUCGGGUCUGCGAAGAAGUUUUCGUCUCAGCAGAAGAGAUAAGAAGACAAAUAAAUCCAUGUAUGAAUGUAAGAGAAGUGACCAGUAUGACACAGCAGAUGUGCCCACUUAUGAAGAGGUGACGACCUACCGCAGAAAACACGGAGACAGACACAGACUUGUCGUGUUAGUUGGUCCUACUGGUGUUGGUUUGAAUGAGCUCAAAAGGAAGUUGUUGAUAUCUGAUCCACAACAUUUUAGUGUCACCAUCCCACACACCUCUCGAUCGAAGAAACAUCAGGAAAGUGAUGGAGUGGAGUAUCAUUUUAUCUCCAAACACCUUUUUGAGGCAGACAUUCAGAACAGCAAGUUCAUUGAACAAGGAGAGUAUAAGGGAAAUUACUAUGGGACGAGCUUCGACUCUGUACGUUCAGUCCUGUCUAAGAACAAGGUGUGCCUUCUUGACGUACAGCCACAUACGCUAAAACAUCUUCGCACGGCUGAGUUUAAGCCCUACGUGGUGUUUGUGAAGCCUCCAUCCAUCGAGCGUUUGAGAGAGACCAGGAGGAACGCAAAAGUCAUCUCAGGCAAAGACGAUAAGAACUCGUCCAAACCCUUCUCGGAGGAGGACUUCCAGGAGAUGAUCAGUGCCUCUCAGAUGAUGGAAAACCAGUAUGGUCACCUCUUUGAAAAGGUCAUUGUGAACGAUGACCUCACUGUUGCCUUCAACGAGCUCAAGCAGGCGCUCAGAAAAGUGGAGACAGAAACUCACUGGGUGCCCAUCAGCUGGACUCAUUCCUGAGGGCCUGCUCAAAAGGAACAAAGGAACAAGGCAUCAAAUUUUUGGGGGGUGGAAACUAAGGGAAGGACUUUAAGAACUGUGAAAGAUUUCUUUUAAUCGUUUAUUUUUAUUUUUUGACUGUAGAUGGUGACAGGGAAAAUAUUUUAGUUGUCUUAAUACAUCUGAAGUGGUUUAUCUGUUCUUGGAGACUAAAGUGGAAGGGCAUAGGUUUGAUUUUGUUUUGUCGUGGUCGAUAUAGCUGAACGGGUGUAAUUGCACUCGAACGUCUGAUUGUUUAGCAGGCACUAAGAGAAUGUUCAAACUGCCAUUUAUGUGGUGUGGUUGUGUUGACCACUCCUUGGUGUAUUUUUAACUUUAGUUUAUAGAAACCAAAUGAAUGAUUAUUAUUUUUCUGUACUCAAAGUACACUUUUUUUUUUUUAUUCAGAACUUAGCACACUGUACUCCAUUUGCCUGUUACUCUGCAGUUAGUUAAAUCAGCACAGCAUUAAACAUAUAUAUAUAUAUAGAGGUGGGACAUCAUGUGAUGUUCAGUGGGCCCAAAGUGAUUUUAUUUAAAUAGAUAAUUAAUAUAUUUGGAUAUUUUUUAGACUUUUUUUUUUAGCCUGUUCCCAGUUGAGAUUUUUGAAUUAGUAUCAGCUGUGAGGAUUUUUCUUUUUGGUAAGUGCUCAUGGCUGAUUAAAGCCUCAGGGUUUUAUUAAUGUAUAACCCACUGUGUGCAGAAGCUGACUUCUUUAUUUCAGUUUAUCUCUCUUUUUCUUUCUCUCACUUUUCCCUCCAUCUCCAUCCUGUUGUUGAGGGCAGGCACUUGGAAAACCCAUAGGGAAUGUACUCAAUCUGGGCUGAUUAGGCAAGACUCUCUUAAAGAAGCCUAACAGAGAAAAUUGUUAAAUGGCAACCUCAAAUGUUACAAGGCAUUUCAGAAAGGAAUAGUUCACCCAAAAAUGAAAAUUCUGUCAUAAUUGUGCUCUGUUUUACUGUAUAGCUUCAGAGAACUUUGAAUAUAGGACAUUAUUAGUCAAAUGGACUUUAAUGGGACUGUCUUAUUUUUGGUGCUCAACAGUCCCAUCCACCUAAAUUGUGUGUUCUGCAGAACGUUGUACAGAUAUGUAACAACUAGUGAUGCACUGAAAUUUCAACAACUGAAAAUAGUCAAAAAAACGCCAAAAAAAAAAAAAAGUUCCAACCAAAAUAUUUUGUUUUUUGGAUGAUGAAAUUAAACUGUCCUGGGUUUCCAUCCAAAUCUUUUCAAAGUUCGCAAAAAAACAAAACAAAAACAAAAAAAAGCAAACAAAUGCGAAUUAGGUGCGUUUCCGUCAAGUAGUUCUAACGGAUGACUGUGGUAUAGAGGGUAUGCACGUGAUGUCACCGUCAGAAUUUAUUGGGCAAAUGCAUUUCCAUGUCCCAUUAUUCACAUUAACUCAUUUUCGCACAAGUCAAAAACCAGCUCAAGCGAGCGAAUUUUUUUUUUUUUUUGCGAAUUAAGGGAUUUUUUUUCCUCCGAAAUUUGCCAUUUCCAUCACUCGUUUCUGAUGCAAUACUUCAAAAUGUGCAUAAAAACAGGGUGAUGGAAACAUUCAUGCUCACAACGUGGGUAAGCUAGAACAGGUAAAUGUCAGCAGUGUGGUCACACUUCACUGUGAGAAAGAAGAAUGCUAAAGUAGCAGUAUGUCAAAUUUGUUCCAUGUUAAAAGACGUCUUAUUGCUGAAGAGCUGUACUACGACUGGUUUAAUUUAUCAUCUGAGAACACGACACACGAAAGAGCAUACCGAGUUCAAUUACCCAAAUUUAAUUACCCAAACUUUUUGUUUUCAGCUAAAUGACAAAUUAAAUUUCAGUUCAUCACUAGUAACAUGAGGUUAAGUGAUGACAGAAUUGUCAUUUAUUGGGGGAACGAUCCUUUUAAUGUCUGAAAAGGCCUUACAUAAAGAUAAGCCACUAAAUACACAUAUAUAUAUUUUUGUCUUUUUGUUGUUAUUCAUUUUUGUGUUCUUUCAGCACAUUGAUUUGCAAUCAAGCAGUGUCAAUCUCUUACUCACACUCUUAUGUACUGUUACUGUAUUUAGUCCUACAGUCCACAUAAAUACACUGUAGUUUUGCCUUCAAAAUCAAGGUGCACUGAAGUUUGUUCAUUUAAACUCACUAUGUUUGUCUUUGCCUUGUUUUUUCAUUUACUUCUGUUUUUCCCCAUACUUAAAUGUACAAAACAGCUUCAAAAUUUUUGUCAAGCUUUGAAGUCUUUCUUAAUAUGAAAUAUGCAAAGUGAAUAUUGAUUCCUGUAUUUCAGUAAUGUACCUCUAUAUCUGGUUGUCUGUCCUCUGCCAAGUGGAUGAUUUUUGUGGAAGCCUCAUCUAAACAACAAUUCAUCUAUAUACAUCUAUUGUUUCAUUCUGUCAUUGAUCAAGAGUUUACAACCUGUGCUUGUUAUAAAACAUCCCCUUCUCCAAAUGGACAUUAAAUAUGUAAAUCAA